GUUUUUGUUUGGUAAGCUCAUUUUCUUCUCUCCUCAUUAAUCGUUUCUUCUUCUCCUUUUACGUCGAUCGUUGACGAGUAUCUUUAUCGGCAAGACAAAAGCAAUGAAGCCAGGAGCAUUUGCAUUGAAUCCACAUGCAGCAUCGUAUGUACCAAUCUCCAAAAGAAUGGAUUAUGGUGGUGGUGAUGAUGGUUUGGUGUUUGCAGCAAAGUCCCCCACGCAGGGCCAGCAGAUAAGUUUCUCAGGCGUUGAAGUGUCAAUGCCGAAGAAAUCCUCUGAAAUGGCUUACAAGCAGAUCAGGGAUGAUGAUUUGGAUUUGGAGAUGGAUAUUGACAUGGAUAUUGAAUACCUUCUUGUGACUUUCUCUGGUCUCUCACAAGAGUCCAUUACUGAUGUAUACCUCGCUAAUGGCGGUGAUCUUGAAGCAACCAUUGAGAUGCUGAAUCAGCUUGAGAUAUACAGCACUGAAUCUGAAGAAAACCUCCCAGAGACGCUUGAUAUUGGGGAUAUCUCUGAAACAGGGCCUUCAACCUCAAAAGCUACUGAAGUCGCUGCAGCAUCGACAUCAUCGGUUAUCCCUAAUGCACCUGUAUCGGCCUGAUCUCAUGAAUCCUUAGUUGUGAAGUUUUUGCUUCUUUUUUUUUUUUGUAUUGGUUUGCAUACCCAUAAUAAGUACAGUAAUGGGGGUAUGGUAUCAAUGAAGUUGAUGGUAUCUAAGAGAAAUGAUGAUAUGUGAGUAGUUGGAAAAUGUAUAGCUUUGGAAGUUCAAAUCUGAGUGGUGUGUUGUUGUUGGGCAGAUUAGAUUAGUGUCUGGUCUUUUGACCCCUUUUUGUUUGCAGCUCCAUCUGUGGAUUGGAUUUUCCUAUGAAUAAUACUGAUAAUGAUAU